UCCCGCCGCGCUGCGUGGGUGGCAGCGUCGUGCAGGGCCGUGUUAGGCGGUGAGGGUAAAUCUGUUCGGUCGUUAUCGGAGGCUGAGUGAAGGCAGAGCGCUGUAACAUGUCCUCAGCAGGCGCGGCGCGUGCGGUGGCUGCUCAGCGUUCUAGCGGCUUCCCGCGCCCUAUCCCGGCUGUGCCUCGCCGCGGGGUCGGUGAGCGGUGCCCGUCUCUCGGCUGCCCUUGGGGAGCGUGAGCGUCCCGCGAGUCCCGGCCACGCUGCUGGGGUGAUCCUCGCCACACCUGCACUCACGUCGGUUAAGAUGGGUGAUGCGUGGCCAGAUAGAUGGCACGUUGGAGAGAGAUGCCUUGCACCUUGUCCUGCAAAUGGAAAGCUUUCUGAAGGAAUAAUAUCAUCAAUUGAAAAGGACAAGAAUGGAAAAUCAUUUGCUGUUGUAUCAUUCUUGGGAUCUGAAGAUAAGAAAAUACUAAUAUCUGAGCUCUGUAAAGUUGAAGCUGGUAGAUGUUCCUGGAAGAGUGUGAUAUUUGAUGACAGUGACCUGGAAAAGCCUUAUUUUCCUAGCCAAAAUGUUCCAUCUUCAACAGUUGCUUUUAAGUUAUCUGAUGACGGUGAUUUUAUCCCAUAUACAAUUAAUAGAUACCUGCGUGGUUAUCAAAGGGAAGGAGCCCAGUUUCUCUACUGGCACUACGCUAAUAAAAGGGGAUGCAUUCUUGGAGAUGAUAUGGGCCUUGGAAAGACAGUACAGGUCAUUUCAUUUUUGGCUGCAGUGUUACGCAAAAAAGGAACACGUGAAGAUAUUGAAAACAACAUGCCAGAAUUUUUACAGAGGACAGUGAAAAAAGAAUCAAAAUGUAACCCUAACAAGAUUUUCCUCAUAGUUGCCCCUCUUUCAGUGCUGUAUAACUGGAAGGAUGAGUUGGACACAUGGGGGUACUUUAAGAUCUCUGUCUUACAUGGCAGUAAAAAGGAAGAUGACUUGAAUCGUAUCAAGCAAGGGAAAUGUGAAGUUGCCCUUACAACAUAUGAGACUCUUCGCCUGUAUUUAGAUGAACUUAACAAUAUAGAGUGGUCUGCUGUCAUAGUGGAUGAAGUACACAGAAUCAAGAAUCCGAAGUCUCAAAUAACUCAAACUAUGAAGUCCUUAAAAUGCAGUGUUCGCAUAGGCCUUACCGGAACCAUUCUUCAAAACAAUAUGAAAGAACUUUGGUGUGUCAUGGACUGGGCCCUACCAGGACUUUUGGGUGGUAGAAUGCAUUUCAAGAGGAAAUUUUCUGAUCCAGUGGAGCGUGGCCAGAGGCACACUGCAACUAAAAGAGAGCUAGCAACAGGUCGUAAGGCGAUGGUGAAGCUGGCAAGAAAAAUGUCUGGCUGGUUUCUGAGACGUACAAAAGUGCUUAUCAGUGAUCAGUUGCCAAAAAAAGAAGACAGAAUGGUGUACUGUUCCCUGACAGAAUUCCAGAAAGCAGUAUACCAGGCUGUGCUGAAGACAGAGGAUGUAAACCUAAUAUUAAGAGCAGGAGAGCCCUGCAGCUGCAACAGCGGCCAUAUAAGGAAGAAUUGUUGUUACAAAAUGAAUUCCCACGGUGAAACAAUUAAGUCAUUGCAGUUCAGUUACUUGACAAUCCUACAGAAAGUUGCAAAUCAUGUUGCGUUGCUGCAGACAGACAACACUAGCAAGCAGCAGGAAACACAUAUCAAACGAGUUUGCAAUGAGGUGUUUUCCAGUUUUCCAGAUUUUAUGAAGUUAAGCAAAGACGCAGCCUUUGAAGUAAUUUCAGAUCCAAAGUACAGUGGAAAAAUGAAGGUCCUUCAGCAACUUCUAAAUCACUUCUGGAAGAAAAAAGAUAAAGUUCUUCUCUUCUCCUUUUCCACAAAGUUGCUGGAUGUGCUGGAGAAAUACUGUAUGGCGUCUGGGCUAGAUUUCCGAAGACUUGAUGGAAAUACAAAAUCAGAAGAUAGGAUCAGAAUUGUAAGAGAAUUCAACAGAGUUCAAGAAAUUAACAUAUGUCUUGUAUCUACAAUGGCUGGUGGAUUGGGUCUUAAUUUUGUUGGUGCCAAUGUUGUUAUACUCUUUGAUCCAACGUGGAACCCAGCAAAUGACCUUCAAGCUAUUGACAGAGCUUACAGGAUUGGCCAAUGCAAAGAUGUUAAAGUAUUUAGACUGAUAUCCUUGGGAACUGUGGAGGAGAUAAUGUACCUACGGCAAGUUUACAAGCAGCAACUUCACUGUGCAGUGGUUGGAAGUGAAAAUGCUAAGCGAUAUUUCGAGGCAGUGCAAGGAUCAAAGGAACAUCAAGGAGAACUUUUCGGCAUCCACAACCUUUUCAAACUUAGGGCUCAUGGGUCUUGUCUUACUAAAGACAUCCUGGAGAGGGAAGGACAAGUAGAAGCUGGAGUCAUGACAGUGACUACUUGGUUAAAAGAAGAACCUCCUCAUGGCAGUUCAGAAAAUUGUGAACAACCAGAUUAUGGAGGAGCUAGAGGUCCUUCAAGCACUAAGGUGCAGUUAGAGAGAGAAGAAACUAAUUUUCAUGAUUAUUUUAGUGAUGAUGAUAUUCUGGAAAUUUCCAUGAAAAAAAAUAACAGAAAGAAGCCUUGCAGCGCAAAUAAUUUAAUGAUAGCAAAGAGACAGCUUUCCUUAGUGCAGUGUGGAUUCUCUAACUUGUUGCAGAGAGAAACUGAAGCUACCAAAAGAAGUGGUAGUAAUGACUCUUACCAUUCAAGUUCUGAUGGUCAGGCUGUAAGAACAUGUGUCAACAGCAAGUGUGAUGAUGUUCAGAAAUGUGAAAGCUAUAUGCAUAUUUUGGAGCACAGGAAAACUGCUCAGUUACCAAAUGUAACUGAUAAACAAGACAUGUAUAGAGCAGAUUGUCUUGUUUUGUCAGACUCUGAAGAAGAGGUGGACAGAGAAAAUGAGGAUUUAUGCAUUUCAAGGCAAAGUGAUGUAGUAAUGGAAACUGAAAGCAGUUCUGAAGAAAAUUGUGAUGUCAUCUUUCCUACCCAAUUUCCAGCAAGCCCCCAAGCAAUGCAUACUAAAAAAAUUGAAAUACAGACGACGGAAUCUGAAAAUUGUGAAGAGUCACUAGAAGAAAAAAAUGAGUUUGUACUUAAGGAAGAACGUAGGCAAUUUGGAUUCCAUAGUACCAAAUCAAAUUUCAGCAAAAUCAUGUAUUUUAAAAACAUGAAAAACAGCGCAAGAGGUUUGAAAGGUGCAAGUGACAUAAGUGAUGAGUCUGAUGACAUUGAAAUUCCCUGUCACUCCGAGUCAGGAAAGUUAAGAACAUUCAGCUUCAUGAAAGGGAAACAAAGGCAUACACAAAGCAGUGCACUAGGCAGAUUCUCAAAAUCUCUGCCUCAGAAAAAGAAGCCUUGGAGGAAAGAAAGAGGAAGUGAUUCUCAGAAUGUAGAUGAAUUUUCAUCCUCUGAAGAUAACUUACAGGUUGAAAAGAUUCAUACCCAAGAAAAGAGCUGUAAGUGUAAAAGCCAGAGAUGUAGAGUUCAGGUCAGAUCUAAAAUGCUCCAUCCUGUUCAGUAUGGAAUGCGCUCUAUUGCACAGAUGACAUCUAGCAAUUAUGAUGUGCAUAGAAGUUCUACGCAUAGAGCUCAGUUUGACCAUCAGAAUCAAAAUGUGGAAUCAAUGGACAGAUAUUUAGAUGGGAUUCAAGAAGUAGCGUAUAUGCACUCAAAUCAGAAUGUGGUUGGAUCAAGCAAGGCUGAGAAUCACUUGAGCCGGUGGGCAAUGCGAGACGUAUUUGAGUUGAAGCAGUUUUCCCAGCUCCCUGCUAAUAUAGCAGUCUGUAGUGCCAAGAAAGCUAAAGAAAAGCCAGGUGGAGUGAUAGCAGAGAAGAACAUUAUGAAGACAGAGCAUGGAAUUAUGGUGAACAGUAACCGACAUAACCUGUACAUUUUGCAUCCAGUGAUCCAAAGAAACACCGAAGUACACAGAGUGGGCUCAGUCACCUUCUUGGUUGGAAAAACACCCAAAGAAAUCCGCAGGAGACAAUUUGAGGAAAUUGUAUCCCACUUUAAAAUGGAAUCAAUGGAAGAACUUGCAGAACAUAUUGCAAAGGCUACAUCAGAAUCCCGGCAGAAGUUGCUGAGGGAAUUUUACAUUUCAAAACAUCCAGAAGUUGAGUCUUUGUUUCCAAUGGAAGUACCAGCAGAAGUUGCACAUGACUCUGAAGAAGGAGAUGCGGCUGCAAGAAAAUCAAGGAAAAGAAAAUGUGUUGUUAAUUCUGGAAGAUGCAAGUCUGGACCUUCAUCAGCUAAAGAAUUUCUUCCGAGUGGAACUAGAGAACUGCAGAACCAGCGAAGCUGUGAAGUAGAGCAACUUUGCAAUGACUCAUGUUUGCAAGAUACUAUGUGUGUUGAUGUGAAAUAUAAACAAUCACCCAUUGUUGCAACUCAGCAUACUAAGAGGAGUAACAAUCAGACAUUCAAGGAUUUUAUAGCAUCUGGUUCAUUAAACAGGAAAUCGAAAAUAAUUGAGGUGCUGACUGUAAAAAGCUCUGAAGGACAGCAGGACCCAGAAGUAGCAGGGCUGCCAAGAAAAAGAUCCCUGUCACUGUCAGAAAACAGGGAGAGAAGAGCUAAGGCUGACAAAAAGUCUUCUCUUGACUUACUUGGAGAUACCUCUAUUCUCAAUGUUCUCUUCAGAAAUAGUGGGGAAAAAACUACAGAAUCACCAUGGAGAAUCCCUUCAGGGCAAAUAGAAAAAUCAAAGGAGAGACCAAAAGAUUUCUGGGACAUGCUGAAUGAGCAGAAUGAGGAGAGCCUCAGAAAGCUCACAGAUAUGACAGUUAUAGAGGAGCUAUGUGAAAGAGCACCUCAUCCACCAGUGACAGAAAAGAGAGAAGUGUGUGAAAAUUCUCUUUGGAAAAAAAAUGAAAACUUUCUAUGGAGAAAAUACAGUUCAGAUGAUUCAGAUGAACUAUCUUCUGCUACAUCUUUUAACGUAGUAAAAUGAUAGUUUUCUACAUGAGUUGUGCUAGAAUUAUUUUAUUAGUUAAAUGAAGAUGAAAAUAUAUACAACUUCAGCAAUAUGCUGUGAAACAUGAUACCUCUAUAAAUUUGAAGGCAAAGUGAUGAAUUCCUAUUUAUAAUAACCUCUAUUUACAUUUCACAUUGCCUAUACUAUAUAUCAUUACGAAGCUAUGACAAACUAAAUUGAGAUAAAAUUAUUUUUAAAUGUUUUGAGUAAACUUGCUUUAUUGAAUGAUGAUAAUUCUAGAUCUUAUUAUUCCUGCUGAUAUUCCUCGGUUGGCAAUAGUAUGAGCGGUUUUCCUCCUUCACUCACAUUUCCUGCCUUUACACAUCCUGUCAGAAUCUAUGUUAACAUGAUUUUGAUCAGUUUGACUAUAGAGCUGUGAAGCUUCCAAUUUUUUUUUGGUAUUGUAUGCCAGUGAGUUCUUCACCUUAAUUAAUGUGGAUGACCAAUUUUUGCUUGUUACCUGUGUCUCUUGGUGUGAAAUCUCCAGCAUAUUAAAUGAUGGCACAUGUCAAAUUUCA